CGUAUAAGCUGCACAGCAGAAGCAGAAAACACAUACAAGACAACAGUCUUUAAUCACUGAAUGGAUGAGUCGCUUUCAAUACUAAUACAAGAGGGAAAAGCAGCAGCAAAAAAAUUAAUAAAAUAGACAAGUACAUAUUUUUGUAAGAGAAAAUAAUUUGAUAAUAAGAGAAAACAUAAUUAUGUGUAUACAUUAUGGAAGCAUUAUUGUAAAUGGUAGAGAAAACUUUUUCUAGCAAUAAAGAUUCGAGCUUUGCAUUAGAUAGUACAUGGUCAAGAAAACUGUUUUUUUUUUUUUUAAGAUUUUCUUUUUUGUAAUAUUGAUUUGAGCUUUGCAUAGUAAAUGGUAAAAAGAAGUUGUUUUUUUUUUUGUUUUUUAAAAAGAAGGAUUUGAGCUCUCCUGUACGUAUAUAACAAAAAAGCAAAGAAAAAGGUAAAGUUUUGAUAUAGCAUUUGAUAAUAAAAUAUUUGUUUAAGGAGAGAAUUAUAAUCUUGGGUUUUGCUUACUUCCCCCACUUAGAUGAUGAGAUAAUGAUGUACCCAACCUCAAAUUUCAAAUGCUGCUGGACACCAUACUGAACCCACACAGAGUGACUCAGAGAGAGAAAGAGAAAGAGGAUAGCCCACCCUUUCGAUCAUUGAUUCCAGUUGGGUUGAAACAGAAACCAACUGGGUAUGAUUUUUUUUUUUUUUUUUUUUUACUUGGUGAUAGGUAUUGUUUGUUUGAGAAAAAAGGUCACACCUUGAUGCUACUUUUGGCUGCUCCAAAGCUGUAAGAGCUAGAAAUAACUAGAUAUAGAAAACUUCCAAUUUUUUCCUUACCUCAUUAAUGAUUCCCUCGCAGCUUCCUAAAAUAACAAUGGGAUUUCUUCAAGUUUCUGUUUUACAUGAUUAGUUGGUUGUCUUUGUGUUCUUCAAAGGAGGGUUUUCUUUUUUCCCCUUAAUGGGAUUAUCAUGCUUUUCGCGGAGGAAGGAGAGAAGGAAACUUAGUAUUUAGCUUAUAAAGUGGAAUACUGAGAAGAGAUCAGAGGCGGGUUGGACCACUUUGUUUUCUUGGUUUGGUGCAUAAUUAGAGCUGUUCUCAUGCAAUUUCUGCAUUAUUGUUCGUGGUUUGUUGGUGGGUUAUGUUUAUAAAGGAUUGAUUUUUGAGGAGUAAUGUGAGGUAGGCUUUUACCAAUUCUUUUGCUUCUAAAUUUGAAUAUAUUAUCCUUGUGGGGUUCUUUUGGAGGUGUGAUUUUUGAUGAGUUGUGCUGCUGGAACUGGGGUUUUUCUUAAUCUUUCAAGAAUCUUUGUGAAGAUACAAAGGUGGACUUUGGUUAAAAUGUCUAUGAAUUCUAAGCUGUCUGGCUCAAAUGGCACCUUACCAGCAAAUCUCAAGCUGAAGAAGCAAAAGGAUACUCUGCAUGGGACGAAUUCUGUUAGGAAAUGGAGGAGAAAGCUACUAUUUCUUUGCUUUUUAUGUGUUCUCGCCAUAGUCAGCAUUUGGUUUCUAUCCAAUUUUGAAAAUGGGGCAAUGGAGGGGAAGAAUUCGAAUUCAUGCGAAGAAAAAGCUCAGGUCUUGCUUCAGCAUUUCAAUGUCAGCAAAAGCCAGCUUCAAGCUUUAGUUUCUUUAUUCUCCGAAUCAGAUCAGAUAACAUCCCUGGAAUGCACCAAAGAAUUGGGAUCUGGAAUGGCAAUGGACACUGGCAUUGCCUGUGCUCUGAAGGUACUUUGUCAGCCACAAGGCAGAUGGACUACUGAAGAUGUAGUACCUAAUGACCAAUGCUCAGCUCAAGAUGAGAACUUACCAAGGGAGCUUAAACAAUCACUCAGAGUUGAAUUGAACAUCUUGCGUACAAGGACAGCGAGGAACCAUAAAGAAGAUCAUUGUAAUUUUUUGUCUUUUGGUUUGGUAAAAGCAUGCUGGUGGCUGCUUCUUGUAAUGAUUGUGAGCUACCCCUUGUGUGGUUUUUAUUUGAAAUUCUGGAAGAAGAAAAAGCUAAGGGUUGUUCAUCUGGAGCCAAUGCCUCAGCCGCGACAGCAACUGCUGCAGCUGAAACAGCAACAGCUAUCCCAGAGUCCUCCUAAAGUUGCUGGGAAGUGGAGGAAGAAGCUUCUCAUUGUUUUUGUCCUGCUUGGGAUUCUUACAUCUAUUUGGUUAUUUUGGCACUUGAAUGUAAAAAUCGUCUUGAGAAGGGAGGAGACUCUUACCAACAUGUGUGAUGAGCGAGCACGUAUGUUGCAGGACCAGUUUAAUGUGAGUUUGAACCAUGUUCACGCCUUAGCUAUUCUUGUAUCCACUUUUCACCAUGGAAAAGAUCCUUCUGCCAUUGAUCAGAAAACAUUUGGCGAAUAUACUGAGAGAACAGCUUUUGAGAGGCCAUUGACCAGUGGUGUUGCAUAUGCUUUGAAAGUUCUACAUUCAGAGAGAGAGCAAUUUGAGAAGAAGCAUGGGUGGACAAUAAGGAAAAUGGAGACUGAGGAUCAGACUCUUGUGCAAGACUGUAUUCCAGAAAAGUUGGACCCUGCACCCAUUCAAGAUGAAUAUGCACCUGUGAUAUUUUCUCAAGAAACUGUUGCUCAUAUUGUCUCGAUUGACAUGAUGUCUGGAAAGGAAGACCGUGAGAAUAUCUUGCGAGCAAGGGCGUCUGGAAAGGGGGUAUUAACCUCUCCUUUCAAGCUUUUGAAGUCCAAUCACCUGGGAGUUGUACUCACUUUUGCUGUUUAUAAUGCUGAUCUCCCUCUGAAUGCCACACCAGAAGAACGAAUUGAAGCUACCGUGGGGUAUCUCGGUGCAUCUUAUGAUGUCCCAUCACUGGUUGAGAAGCUUCUGCAUCAACUUGCUAGUAAGCAAACAAUUGUUGUGAAUGUUUAUGACACCACUAAUGCAUCUGCUCCAAUUCUCAUGUAUGGGACUGAUUAUGUUGAUACUGGCCUCUUGCACAUCAGCAACCUUGACUUUGGGGAUCCAAUGCGGAGGCAUGAAAUGCAUUGCAGCUUCAAGCAAAAACCUACUUUGCCUUGGACAGCAAUAAAUGCAUCGGUAGGGGUCCUAGUCAUUACUCUUCUUGUUGGCCAUAUCUUUUAUGCAGCCAUAAGCAGAAUUGCAAAAGUAGAGGAGGAUUAUCGUGAGAUGAUGAUGCUCAAAGUUCGUGCUGAAGCCGCAGAUGUGGCCAAAUCUCAGUUUCUUGCUACUGUUUCCCAUGAAAUCAGGACCCCCAUGAAUGGUGUUUUAGGUAUGCUGCAAAUGCUGAUGGACACAGAUCUUGAUGCAAACCAAAUGGACUUUGCCCAGACUGCUCAUGCUAGUGGGAAAGAUUUAAUCUCUCUGAUAAAUGAGGUCCUUGAUCAGGCUAAGAUAGAGUCGGGCAGGCUAGAACUAGAAGCUGUUUCUUUUGAUCUGCGUUCAGUCCUUGAUAACAUUCUAUCACUUUUUUCUGGCAAGUCCAAUGAAAAAGGAAUUGAGUUGGCCAUUUAUGUCUCCAGUCAAGUGCCUGAAGUUGUUAUUGGCGACCCUGGGCGGUUCCGGCAGAUAAUUACAAAUCUUGUUGGAAAUUCAGUAAAGUUCACACGCGACAAAGGGCAUAUAUUUGUCUCAGUUCAUCUGGCAGAUGAAGUAAGAAGCACACUUAAUGUUAGGGAUGCAGUGCUGAAACAAGGUUUGAACUUAGUUCAAGACAUGCAAAACGAGAUUGAUAAUACAUUAAGUGGAUGUCCUGUGGUUGACAGAUGGAAAAGUUGGGCAAACUUUAAAAGGUUGAAUAGCAAAGAUACAAUGGAAGAAUCUGAAAUGAUUAGACUACUUGUUACAGUUGAAGAUACAGGAGUGGGAAUACCUCUAGAUGCACAUAGCCGCAUUUUUUCACCAUUUAUGCAGGCAGACAGUUCCACCUCACGUACUUAUGGUGGGACUGGAAUAGGAUUGAGCAUCAGCAAAUGUCUGGUGGAUCUCAUGGGUGGUGAGAUAGGAUUUGUUAGUGAACCUGGCACUGGCAGCACCUUCUCAUUCACUGCCUCUUUCAGAAAAGGAGACUUGAGAUCUCUGGAUACAAAGUGGCAGCCUUAUGAUCCAACUGGUUUGGAGCUUCAAGGUUGGAGAGCAUUGGUGAUUGAUAAAAGAAGCAUUCGAGCUGAGGUCACUAGAUAUCAUCUUCAGAGGUUGGGAAUAACUGCGGAUAUGGCUUCCAGCCUGAAAUCUGCAUGUUCUUAUCAAUCUGGAGGACGUCACACCAGUGCUCCAGCAGAUUUUGGUCUGGUUCUCAUUGACAAAGAUGCUUGGCAUAAUGAAACUGGAUUUGCUUUCCGUCAGCUAUUGAAAGAGUCCAAACAAAAUGGUGGGACAGAAAUGAUAAUAGACCUUCCAAAGAUUUUUCUCUUGGCUACCACCAUCAACCCUGAAGAACGCCGUGAACUCUUAUCAGCUGGUUUAGUUGAUAACAUAAUUAUGAAGCCCCUUAGAUUAAGUGUCUUAUUUUCUUGCUUCCAAGAAGCGAUUGGAAGUGGCAAGAAGAGUCAAGUAAAUAGGAGGAAACCUUCGACUCUUCAGAAUCUACUGAGAGAGAAGAGAAUUUUGGUGGUUGAUGACAAUAAAGUAAACAGGAGAGUAGCAGAAGGAGCUCUAAAGAAAUAUGGAGCAAUUGUUACCUGUGUAGAGAGUGGCAAAGAGGCCUUAGAACUCCUAAAACCACCACACACUUUUGAUGCUUGUUUCAUGGAUCGCCAUAUGCCAGAAUUGGAUGGCUUUGAAGCUACCCGGCAAAUUCGGGCUAGGGAAAGGCAAUUUAAUGAGCAAAUUGCAUCUGGGGAAGUAUCGAUGGAGAUGUUUGGAAAUGUGGCAUAUUGGCACACACCAAUAUUGGCAAUGACAGCUGAUGUGAUUCAGGCAACAAACGAGGAAUGCAGGAAGUGCGGGAUGGAUGAUUUUGUAUCAAAGCCAUUUGAAGAAGAGCAGCUGUACAACGCGGUGGCUCCCUUUUUUGAGUCUGGUUGAUAUAGUCCAUUUAGAUGUCAGUUGUUGCCUAUCUGUCUUCCAGCCAACUGGUUGAUCUGUGCUGAAUUUACUUCAACUGGUUGGCUGACUAACAACGUGCCCUAUCUCUAUGAGGUUGCGGAUGGCUCAUCACACAUGUUUUUCAUCAUUCCAACUCUGGAAUGUUUAGCCCUGCAGACUAGUGGCUUCAAGUAUGUGUUGACCCAGGAAGCACAUUCAAAUGCUUGUUGCCAGUUUGUUGUCAUCAGUUCCUCACCCAGUGAUCAGUUGAAGAAGAUAAUGACUAGCUCUGAGGCUUUCUGCACAGAGCCCUAAGUUUGUUCUCUCAAUUCUUAUCUUUUCAAUUUAUUGGCUUCAUUCUUAACAGAGUAGGCAGAUGAUAAGUUGUUAGAUAUGAUCUUUGUCUGAAUGCGGGUGAGAUGAUGAAUUCAAUCUUUAAUCUUCUGUUGACUUGUGGAUCAAAUAUGUGCCCGAGUUACCUGGGGGUGAAAGAAUGAAAGAUUAAGCUAAUUGGAAUCGUAUGUCAAUUGUGACACUAACAUUUAUCUUCUUAUGAAGAGAAGAUUGAAAUAAAUAAACAAGACAAUGUGUGGAAAGCGGGCAGCAGCGGUUCAGCAUGUCAAAGGAGUUUCCCAUUUGUACAAACUUGAAAAUGGGAAGGUGUACCAGUAGUCCCUUCUUAGCUGAAAGGCGUUGUAAAUUAAAAUGCAUUCUUAUUGUUUGUAUGAUUUACAGAAGAUAAUGGCACAAAUAUAUGCUAUUGUUGUUCAGAAUGUAAUGAAGGUUCAGUUCGUUGUAACAAGAAUUUUCUUCAUUGUAUAUAAAUUGUAACAUACAUUAUUAUUUUACACAAAAUAAGUAUCAAGUUGCUUAAAUAGAUUCAGUCCAAUCCAAGUGA